GUGGCUUGUCAGUCGAUGCUUAUUGUGCUUGUGGGAGCUGUGCCCGAGUAUCAUAUAGACCAAGAAGGAAUUCCAACGAGCAGAGCUGAGCUUGCCAAGCGUAUCCAUUUUGCAGACAACUUCACGUCUAUAGUAACUGAGUGGUACCUAAUCGAACAAGAAGCCUACAAAGUGAGCCUUGCGUCAUCUCUAUUUUUUGCUGGAUUGCUUAUUGGAAAUAUCACAUUUGGCCCUUUGUCAGAUAAACUGGGCAGGAAACCAGUGUAUAUCUCAGGUCUAUUUUUUGAUGUCGUUUUUGGGUAUGUCACAGCGUUAGCUCCAAAUUAUGACACAUUUGCAGUUUCACGUUUUUUUGUUGGAAUUGUGAAUGGUGGAACGGCUCUUGUGUCUUUUGUCCUAACCCAAGAAUAUGUAGGAAAAUCAUUUUGGUCAUUUACAGGUUCGUUAACUAAUUUGACAUUUGCAGUUGGCAUUGCUGUUUAUGCUUUACUGGGUUACUGUGUAAGAGAAUGGCGCUACCUUGCCUUGGUAUCGAAUACUCCAGGAGUCAUCUUCCUUCUUCUUUCUUUUAUGCUCCCAGAAUCACCACGAUGGCUGUAUUCCCAAGGGAAAACGGCAGAAGCUGAAGAUGUGUUGCAAUAUAUUGCUUUUGGUAAUGGAAAAGAGAGAUUAAAUCUAAAAUUACAACCAAGUGCGGGAACUUUGAGAAAGGAUGAAUUGGCACCUGGUAUCCUAAACUUAGUAAAACACCCAGUCCUUCGGUGGCAAACCAUCAUACUGAUGUACAUCUGGUAUGUCUGCAGCUUUGUGUACUAUGGUCUAACUUUAAAUGCUGGUGAAUUAAGAGGAAAUCUGUAUUUAAAUGUGGCUCUUUCUGGUCUUGUAGAAGUUCCAGCAUUUCCUCUCUGCAUGUUUUUUAUUGAGAAAUCCUGGUCUGGAAGACGUAAAACUAUGACAUGUUUUCUGAUAUUUGCAGGAUUUGCCUGUAUAUUUACCAUGUUCUUACCAACAAAUGCUGGUCUGCUCCUCAGUCCCACAUUGUUAGCUUUGUGUGGAAAAAUGAUGGUCAGCGCCGCUUUCAACAUCGUGUAUAUUUAUACAUCUGAACUAUACCCAACAGUACUGAGAAAUGCUGGCUUGGGUGUCUGUUCCAUGUCUUGCAGAUUUGGGGGCAUUUUGGCUCCAUUUGUGCCAUCUAUGAAAUCUCUUAGUCCUUCUGUACCGUUCGUGGUGUUUGGAAUCAGUGGACUGUCAGCGGGAUUCCUGACUCUCCUUCUGCCAGAAACACUAAAUAAGCCAAUUGCUGAGAGCAUUGAAGAUCUCCAGAGUCCCAAAUACCAAGUGCUUAAAAACGAAGAGACAGAGCAAACCAGUUAGAAGAAAACACUUAAGUUUCAGAAGGCCUGUCUGUGGUGGAAAAUGAAGCCUCCAUUGAGAAGG